AUGCUUCUCCCCUCCCUCCUCCUUGCUUCCCCCCUUCAUCCUCCCUGCUUCCCCCCUCCUUCCGCCCUGGGUCCCCCCUCCCUCCGCCCUGCUUCCCCCCUCCCUCCGCCCUGCUUCCCCCCUCCUUCCGCCCUGCUUCCCCCCUCCCUCCGCCCUACUUCCCCCCUCCCUAAGUCCUACUUCCCCUCUCCCUGCGCCCUGCUUCCCCCCUCCCUCCGCCCUGCUCCCCCCCUCCCUAAGUCCUGCUUCCUCUCUCCCUGCGCCCUGCUUUCCUGCUUUCCCCCAUCCCCUUCCCUGCUUCCCCCCAUCCCCUUCCCUGCUUCCCCCCGUCCCCUUCCUUGCUUCCCCCCAUCCCCUUCCCUGCUUCCCCCCAUCCCCUUCCCUGCUUCCCCCCAUCCCCUUCCCUGCUUCCCCCCAUCCCCUUCCCUGGUUCCCCCCAACCCCUCCCCUUCUCUACACGCACUUGAAAUGUUAAUCAACAACAGUAAUUGCACUACCCCGCCCCAUUCUCCCGCUUUCCAUCACCCCGCCCCAUUCUCCCGCUUUCCAUCACCCUGUCCCAUUCUCCCGCUUUCCAUCACCCCGCCCCAUUCUCCCGCUUUCCAUCACCCUGUCCCAUUCUCCCGCUUUCCAUCACCCCGCCCCAUUCUCCCGCUUUCCAUCACCCCACCCCAUUCUCCCACUUUCGAUCACCCCGCCCCAUUCUCCCGCUUUCCAUCACCCCUCAAUCCAUCACCCCUCUCUCCUGCUUUCCAUCACCCCUCCCCAUUCUCCCUCCUUCCAUCACCCCGCCCUAUUCUCCCUCCUUCCAUCACCCCACCCCAUUCUCCCGCUUUCCAUCACCCCGCCCCAUUCUCCCGCUUUCCAUCACCCCGCCCCAUUCUCCCGCUUUCCAUCACCCCGCCCCAUUCUCCCGCUUUCCAUCACCCCGCCCCAUUCUCCCGCUUUCCAUCACCCCGCCCCAUUCCCCCGCUUUCCAUCACCCCGCCCCAUUCUCCCAAUUUCCAUCACCCCGCCCCAUUUUCCCUCCUUCCAUCACCCCGCCCCAUUCUCCCUCCUUCCAUCACCCUGUUCCUUUCUCCCGCUUUCCAUCACCCCGCCCCAGUCUCCCGGUUCCAUCACCCCACCCCAUUCUCCAACUUUCCAUCACCCCGCCCCAUUCUCCCGCAUUCCAUCACCCCGCCCCAUUCUCCCUCCUUCCAUCACCCUGUUCCUUUCUCCCGCUUUCCAUCACCCCGCCCUAGUCUCCCGCUUUCCAUCACCCCGCCCCAUUCUCCAACUUUCCAUCACCCCGCCCCAUUCUCCCGCUUUCCAUCACCCCACCCCUUUCUCCCUCCUUCCCUCACCCCACCCCAUUCUCCCUGCUUCCAUCACCCCGCCCCAUUCUCCCGCUUUCCAUCACCCCGCCCCAUUCUCCCGCUUUCCAUCACCCCGCCUUAUUCUCCCGCUUUCCAUCACCCCGCCCCAUUCUCCCACUUUCCAUCACCCGGCCCCGUUCUCCCGCUUUCCAUCACCCCGAACCUUUCUCCCUCCUUCUAUCACCCCGCCCCAUUCUCCCUCCUUCCAUCACCCCGCCCCAUUCUCCCUCCUUCCAUUACCCCGCCCCAUUCUCUCGCUUUCCAUCACCCCGCCCCAUUCUCCCGCUUUCCAUCACCCCGCCCCAUUCUCCCGCUUUCCAUCACCCCGCCCCAUUCACCCGCUUUCCAUCACCCCGCCCCAUUCUCUCACUUUCCGUCACCCCGCCCCAUUCUCCCGCUUUCCAUCAGCCCACCCCAUUCUCCCCCUCUCCAUCACCCCGCCCCAUUCUCCCGCUUUCCAUCAUCCCGCCCCAUUCUCCCUCCUUCCAUCACCCCGCCCCAUUCUCCCGCAUUCCAUCACCCCGCCCCAUUCUCCUGCUUUCCAUCACCCCGCUCCAUUCUCCCGCUUUCCAUCACCCUACCCCAUUCUCCCGCUUUCCACCACCCCGCCCCAUUCUCCCGCUUUCCAUCACCCCGCCCCAUUCUCCUGCUUUCCAUCAUUACGCCCCAUUCUCCCUCCUUCCAUCACCCUGCCCUAUUCUCCCUACUUCCAUCACCCCGCCCCAUUCUCCCGCUUUCCAUCACCCCGCCCCUUUCUCCCUCCUUCCAUCACCCCGCCCCAUUCUCCCGCUUUCUAUCACACCGCCCCAUUCUCCCGCUUUCCAUCACCCUGCCCCAUUCUCCCGCUUUCCACCACCCCGCCCCAUUCUCCCGCUUUCCAUCACCCCGCCCCAUUCUCCUGCUUUCCAUCAUUACGCCCCAUUCUCCCUCCUUCCAUCACCCUGCCCUAUUCUCCCUACUUCCAUCACCCCGCCCCAUUCUCCCGCUUUCCAUCACCCCGCCCCUUUCUCCCUCCUUCCAUCACCCCGCCCCAUUCUCCCGCUUUCUAUCACACCGCCCCAUUCUCCCGCUUUCCAUCACCCCACCCCAUUCUCCCACUUUCCAUCACCCCACCCCAUUCUCCCGCUUUCCAUCACCCCGCCCCAUUCUCCCGCUUUCCAUCACCCCGCCCCAUUCUCCCACUUUCCAUCACCCCGCCUCAUUCUCCCGCUUUCCAUCACCCCGCCCCAUUCUACCUCCUUCCAUCACCCUGCCCCGUUCUCCCGCUUUCCAUCACCCCGCCCCAUUCUCCCGCUUUCCAUCACCCUGCCCCAUUCUCCCGCUUUCCAUCGCCCCGCCCCAUUCUCCCGCUUUCCAUCGCCCCGCCCCAUUCUCCCGCUUUCCAUCACCCCGCCCCAUUCUCCCUCCUUCCAUCACCCCGGCCCAUUCUCCCUCCUUCCAUCACCCCGCCUUAUUCUCCCGCUUUCCAUCACCCCGCCCAAUUCUCCCUCCUUCCAUCACCCCACCCCAUUCUCCCGCUUUCCAUCACCCUGCCCCAAUCUCCCGCUUUCCAUCACCCCGCCCCAUUCUUCUGCUUUCCAUCACCCCGCCCCAUUCUCCCGCUUUCCAUCACCCCGCCCCAUUCUCCCGCUUUCCAUCACCCCGCCCCAUUCUCCCGCUUUCAUUCACACCGCCCCAUUCUCCCGCUUUCCAUCACCCCGCCCCAUUCUCCCGCUUUCCAUCACCCCGCCCCAUUCUCCUGUUUUCCAUCACCCCGCCCCAUUCUCCCGCUUUCCAUCACCCCGCCCCAUUCUCCCCGUUUCCAUCACCCCUCCCCUUUCUCCUGUUUUCCAUCACCUUGCCCCAUUCUCCCUCCUUCCAUCACCCUGCUCCAUUCUCCCGAUUUCCAUCACCCCGCCCCAAUCUCCCGCUUUCCAUCACCCCACCCCAUUCUCCCACUUUCCAUCACCCCGCCCGAUUCCCCCGCUUUCCAUCACCCCACCCCAUUCUCCCCAUUUCCAUCACCCCGCCCGAUUCUCCCUCCUUCCAUCACCCCGCCCGAUUCUCCCUCCUUCCAUCAUCCCGCCCCAUUCUCCCGCUUUCUACCACCCCGCCCCAUUCUCCCGCUUUCCAUCACCCCAUCCCAUUCUCCCACUUCCCAUCACCCCGCCCUAUUCUCCCGCUUUCCAUCACCCCGCCUCAUUCUCCCGCUUUCCAUCAUCUCGCCCCAUUCUCUCUCCUUCCAUCACCCCGCCCCAUUCUACCUCCUUCCAUCACCCUGCCCCGUUCUCCCGCUUUCCAUCACCCCGCCCCAUUCUCCCGCUUUCCAUCACCCUGCCCCAUUCUCCCGCUUUCCAUCACCCGCCCCAUUCUCCCUCCUUCCAUCACCCCCGCCCAUUCUCCCUCCUUCCAUCACCCCGCCCCAUUCUCCCGCUUUCCAUCACCCUGCCCCAAUCUCCCGCUUUCCAUCACCCCGCCCCAGUCUCCCGCAUUCCAUCACCCCGCCCCAUUCUCCCGCUUUCCAUCACCUUGCCCCAUUCUCCCUCCUUCCAUUACCACGCCCCAUUCUCCCGCUUUCCAUCACCCCGCCCCAUUCUCCCGCUUUCCAUCACCCCACCCCAUUCACCCGCUUUCCAUCACCCCGCCCCAUUCUCCCGCAUUCUGUCACCCCGCCCCAUUCUCCCGCUUUCCAUCAGCCCUUCCCAUUCUCCCGCUCUCCAUCACCCUGCCCCAUUCUCCCGCUUUCCAUCACCCCGCCCCAUUCUCCCGCUUUCCAUCACCCCGCCCCAUUUUCCCACUUACCAUCACCCUACCUUUUUUUCUCGCUUUCCAUUACCCCGAACCAUUCUCCCUCCUUCUAUCACCCCGCCCCAUUCUCCCUCCUUCCAUCACCCCGCCCCAUUCUCCCUCCUUCCAUUACCCCGCCCCAUUCUCCCGCUUUCAAUCACCCCGCCCCAUUCACCCGAUUUCCAUCACCUCGCCCCAUUCUCCCGCUUUCCAUCACCCCGCCCCAUUCUCCCGCUUUCCAUUAGCCCACCCCAUUCUCCCGCUCUUCAUCACCCCGCCCUAUUCUCCCGCUUUCCAUCACCCCGCCCCAUUCUCCCGCUUUCCAUCACCCCGCUCCAUUCUCCCGCUUUCCAUCAACCCGCCCCAUUCUCCCGCUUUCCAUCACCCUGCCCCAUUCUCCCUCCUUCCAUCACCCCGCCCCAUUCUCCCGCUUUCCAUCACCCCGCCCCAUUCUCCCGCUUUCCAUCUCCCCGCCCCAUUCUCCCUCCUUCCAUCACCCCGCCCCAUUCUCCCGCUUUCCAUCACCCCGCCCCAUUUUCUCGCUUUCCAUCACCCCGCCCCAUUCUCCCGCUUUCCAUCACCCUGCCCCAUUCUCCCGCUUUUUAUCACCCUGCCCCAUUUUCCCGCUUUCCAUCAACCCGCCUCAUUCUCCCGCUUUCCAUCACCCCGCCUCAUUCUCCCGCUUUCCAUCACCCCGCCCCAUUGUCCCUCCUUCCAUCACCCCGCCCCAUUCUACCUCCUUCCAUCACCCCGCCCCGUUCUCCCGCUUGCCAUCACCCCGCCCCAUUCUCCCGCUUUCCAUCACCCCGCCCCAUUCUCCCUCCUUCUAUCACCUUGCCCCAUUCUCCCUGUCAAAACAUGA